AUGUCCGAUCCCCAUUGUCUUCAGGAGAUGGACGUUGUGGAGCACGAUGAUCUCGUUGAGGUUAUUUCUCCGGGACCUCGUGCUGUGUCAUCCGGUGAGCAAUCUCUCGAUGGCAGCAUAGAUGAAGAGCGAGGGGCACUUUCGGAUUCAGAUGUCAACCACGUAGCCAGAGCGAAUACCUUAGCAUCACAAGUCAAGGGCCCUUCAUCGGAUGCUCUGGAGGAGUCGUGUCGUAUGGAAGCCGUGGCACGGGAAAGAGGUUCUGAAUGGGAGGACAUAUUGGGAAGUGGUCAACUCAUGAAGCGAGUAGUAAAGGACGGCAGCGGAAGCGACCGCCCCACAGAUGGACAGUGGGUUACUAUCAAGGUCGUAGAUACCUUACACGGAGUUGACUCUCACGAUCGACUUACUUUCAUUCUCGGCUUCAGUAUGGUUAUUGAUGCUUGGGAAUUGACCAUAAAGCUGAUGAAUGUCGAAGAGAUCGCCGAGAUUCGUGCGAAAGCUCGUUUAGCCUAUGGGGAAUGUGGCUUAGAUGACAUAAUUCCGCAGAAUCAAGAUCAGGAGUAUCGGAUUGAACUACUCGAGAUUGGUGCCUCACCGGAUUACCAGAACAUGGGAGAAGAGGAGCUAUCAGAUUUCGUCCUAAUGUUGAAAGAUCGAGGCAACUUUUACUUCAACCGAAGGGAGUAUGAAAAAGCAAUCUUCGUCUAUAAGAGAGCAUCUGGGAUCAUAGAAGGUCCAAAAAAUAGUGAGGCGUUAUCGAAACUGUUCUCCGCCCUCCAUUCCAAUUUGGCCGUUUGUUAUGCUAAGCUGGAAGAUUGGGACGAGGUUCUAAAAUGUACUGAAGAGUCCCUGCGUUUACAUUCCGCAAAUACGAAAGCCUUGUUUCGGCGAGCAGCAGCACUUUCAGCACGUAAUGACACGGAGGAAGCAAUGGACUGCCUCAAAAGGGCACAGGAAAUCGAUCCCCACGACACCGUAAUUUUUACUUCUUGUGUGGUGCAAUGUGAGAUUGAGAGAUUGACGGGCAUUCGUCGACGACGUCGUGCCGAAGAACGAGCGCUGUACCGCAGGAUGCUUGUUGGAGCUGGCGACGUCAAUACAGGAAGUCGUCGUUUUGAUUUUGUUACAUAUCGCCUUAUUGCAAUUGGAGCUUUUUCUUUGGUUACCUUCGCCUUGUUCGUCUUCUUCCUCUUCCAGCUAUGGAGCUUACCUGGCGAGCAAGAGCUCUAA